ACUGAACCACACACGAAGAUAUAAGAAGUAUGAUCCCUUUGUUUUGGCGAGUCAAGUAGUUCAAGUGUUUUACUGUCCCUAUCCCAGUACGAACCAAUCAAAGAAAAAUUGGUGGUCAGCAUGCAAAGUCAACGCAAGAUCUAAGGUUGAAGUGUCUACUGCAGCAUCUACAUCAACAUUAGAUCAACCAUUUCAAGAAGAAGUGGUUACUAUUAUGCCUACUCACACAAGUGUAGGCAUUGAACAACCACUUCUCCUUCAUCCCCUCGGUGGAGUCGUUGAGAUUGAAGAUGACGAUGAAGCAGAAGACGAUGAUUCCCCGUUGACAUCUAACGAUAGUGAUGAUGAUAGUAGUGAUGCUUAUGAAUAAAUGCAUCAUGUCUACCUCUCGAGGUUUGUUGGGAUUUGGGAGGCGAUAUGGCGUUAAUGCGCCAGAAGCUACAGCAGAUACAUCUGAUGGGUCUGGGACGCAUAUUUCUGGGACUCCCGAGACUCCCCAGGCUUCUAGUAGUUCACGGGCUAGAAGGCCUAGGGGCCCUACAGCUGCCGCUAUCAGAGAGAGAGAGGUUAAGGCACCUGAUGGGAGGACGGUAUUUCAGAGGCAUCCUGAGACUGGUGUUUUGUUGGAGCCCACUGGCCUGUCCAAAGCUUGCACGUGCACAUUUAAGAUGUUUGAAAACCCAGGCGGGUACACAUGGAAGUUGACGCCCCCGGCGAUGAAGGAUAAAUUUUUUGAUGAAUUACAGAAAGAGUUUACGUGGCAGCCCGAUGAUGAGCAUGACGUGAGGAUCAUGUGGGAGACAAAAGCCCGCAAAAGGUACUCCGACAUGAUGAGCGACUACAAGACAACUCUCAAGCAGUGUAUCAGCCAAGGGAGAGAGAUGUCUAGGCCCGCCUGGAUGACUCCCGAUUUCUGGACUGGACUCCGGGAUUACUGGCAUCAGCCCGAGGUUGAGGCUGUUUCAACUCGAGCUCGUGCCAACCGGAUGUCCGAGCCCGAUGGGGAGGGUACAGGGAUCAGUAGGCACGUGGGCGGGUCCCAGUCGACUCGUAUCCUGCAGCAGUAUAUGAGCUUGGAUCCUGGUACUCCCCAGGAUGCACCGAACUAUGCCACCUUCCUCCGCCUCCACACGUACGCCGACGGAAGUUAUACGUCGGAGAGAGAUGCUAGAAUUGACGCCGAGGUUCAUCGACUGGCCGCUGCCACAGGACGACAGGAGCGGCUAGACGAGGUGUAUUUGGAGGUGGUGCAAAUUGAUAGGUCACGGAUCUACGGCGUCGGGAGUGCCGGGCAGAGUCAGGCUAGUAGGGGGUCUAUCCGCAGCACGGGCACUUCUGCGGUGUCUCAGCAGCUUUAUGAGACACGGAUCUCCACGCUGGAGGAGCGAUUGGCGGCAGAGCAAGCACAACGCCAACAGAUAGAGGAGCGCAUGGCGGCAGAGCAAGCAGAACGCCAACAGAUGCAGGACCGCGUGGCUCAAUUGGAGGCGUUUAUGAUGAUGUAUAAGGCUCCGCCACCUCCACACCCUGAUGCCGAUGAUGAUGAUGAUGAUGAUGCUUAGACUUAUGUUUAUGUUUUCAAACAAAAUUACAUUUGCACUUUCUUUUCAAAUUUAUGUUUUAUUGAACUAUAUAUUUCAAGUGCUUUAAUUAUUAAAACUAUAAAUGUUUUAUAUA